CAGCACUUCACAGUUUGAGCUGAGACACACAGUCAUGCAGCAGGUGUUGAGAGCUUUGCUGGUGCUGAGCGCCGCGCUGCUGCACGCCAGCAGGACAGGCCAGGCGGUCUCAGUGCAGCUGGGGCGAGGAACUGGACUGCGGGGAAGGACAGUGAGACUGCUCCUGGACCCUUCAGUGCGUCAAAUCGCCAGCACGCCUGCCUCAACCAUAGCCAACAUGUCUCUGUCGCCAUGGACGUACAGAGAGUCCUGCGUGGCCUCUCGCUUGCCCAGGCGGAUCGCUCAUGCUCAGUGCCUGACCUCCGGCUGUCUGAGCCUGCAGGGCGGAGGAGAGGAUGCAGCCCUGGUGGCUAAACCUAUCAACUACCAGGUCCUGGUCCUCCACAGGGUCCCGAGGCAAAGCCACAAUAACAAAAGAGGGAGGAAGGCUAGGAACAAGUAUGACUUCCGCCUGGGGACGGAGGUGAUCACGGUGGGCUGUACCUGUGUGAGGCCCAGUGUCAUCCCACAGCAGUAACACACAUGUCUUAAGCAAUAUUUUCAAACGACUUGGUGAAAAAGGGCCUUUUAUGACUGUUGUGACCGAAUAGCACUAGCGUGUUCCUGACUUGCUUGCAUGUUAGCCAUUAGCUCGCCAGCUACUGUUGUUAUCAACAAGCCCUGUGACUCAACCCACCGCCACAAAGCCUCCAGCAGAUGUAAUGUCAUGAAUAUGUACAAAUGAUAAUAACUGCAAAGAGCUGCUUUUCUUUCUGCCCCCUAGUGGUGAAAAUUGCUUAAUGCAGCUUUAACCUAGGCGUGAAAGUACAGUGACAGAUAAACACUGCUGGAUGAUUUUUUUUAAUAAUAAUAAUAAUAAUAAUCAUAAUAAUAAUAAUAGUAAAACAUGUACUGUAUUGAUUUUCUCAGGAUUACUGAGCCAUGGAAGGGGUGUUAUUAGAAUAAAUAUUUGUAUAUGUAAUGGUAAUGCUAUUUUUGAAGGGUGUGUAUGUUCUUUUAUAUAUGUUAUUUUUAAGUCAC